AUGAGUUCGUCUUCGCCUCUCUCUGGCGGCGGCGAAACGUCGUUCGUCGGCGGCUUUCCUCCGCCUUCUCUGGAGCCUCCUCCUUCCUCGUCUGCUUUCUCUCUCUCUUCUUCCUUCUCUUCUGUCUCGUCUGUUGCUUCCGCGCAGACUCUGGCCUCUGCGGCGCACAGAGCGAGACCCGCAGACGCGCCGCAGUCCCCGGGGAAGCUGAAUGGACUCGCGGGGCAGUUCCGGGGUCAGUUCAGCCUUGAACGCGGAGUCGAUGUAGCAUUUGAGCGCGAGGAAGCCGCCCAACGUGUUGAAGAUGGCUCGGAGCUCAUCGAAGGCACUUGGCUGUGCAGAGGGCUCGACGUGCCUCAGGUCAACGUGCAUCUCACAUGCCUCGUCCGAGGAACUUCGCUCGAAAUCUUCAACACAUCUCCAUGCGCGCAAAUCCUGGCGCCUCCGCACUCCCGCUCGGACACGCCUGCUUCGGUGUCGCCUGCGCGUCGCUCGACUCGCGCGGCUUCAGGGGGGAGUCCCGCAGAGGCUGCAACGCCUACCGAAGGCCCUGAGAACGAAGACGGUGCACACGAGUCUGACUCCCUUGCCUCGAGAUGGCCGCGCCUCCUCCGCGUCCCGCUGCCGGCGCCCCUCGCCUCGACGCGGCUCUUCGAUGCGUUUGUCUGCUCAACUCCUACCUCCGCCUGUGGACCUCCGUCUGCAGUCCACCCUCCUCGCUGUUCGUCUCUCUUUUGUCGCUUGCCUGCCUGCGCGCGCAUCGCUCAGAGCCGCCGCCGAGUGCCCGCGAGAGAGGCGAAGGCCUCCGCCACUUCGUCCUCGGCGUCGGUCUUCGCCUCGUCGCUGCUGGCGUCGUGGCUCCCCCCCGCGCGCUCCAGGCGGUUUCUUAUUCCGCCGCCCCGUCUCCUCGCGCCCUGGGCGCCGCUCUGCCGUCGGCGAAAAAGGAAGGCCGGCGGCGCAGCGCGCUGGUGGCUUGCGGUGCGGAAGCCGAUCGAUAAGAGGAAAGAAAAGAGGUGCCGCGGACGCGCCGCUGGGGGAGAAAAUCCGGGGCUGUCUGAAGACGAGGAGUCGGAGGAAGAAGCCGACGGUGCGCUUCGGGGGGAAGAAAACACAAAAGUCGUCGUCGUGGCGUUUGUCACAGCGGACGGAACCCUCCAUCAUCUCCGUCUCAGCUUGACUGGGUGCAGAGGCGAUGCAGAGGAGCUGAGACCCCCGGCAGCGAACAAGGAAUCAUCAGCAGCUAAUGCCGAGGCUGCAGUCUCGACAAAGGAGGCUGCGGUCUGCUCUGAAGUCCUGAGUCUCUCGUCUGUGUCGCUGGACGAGGCUCUCUCUCUCUCUCCCACGUCGGCGCUGCCGCCUUCGUGUAGUCUGCCUUCGCCGCCCUUCACGCUCCUCUCUGAGGCGCAGCCAUUCAAAGACGGAGAGGCAAACGGAGACGGCCAGGGGGCGAGGCACGCCGAGCCAGUCGACGACGUGGACGACGUGCAGCUGGCGCUGAUUGAGGCGAGCAGUCUCUUCGUAAUGGAUGACGCUUCCCUUCUUCUUUCGUUUCCUCGACGGGGCUGCUGCGGCGUGCUGCAACUCUCGCCGGCGGCGCGCGGCUUCGCGGCAGAAGAAAACCAAGACUCACAGUGCGCCAGGGGGACGCUCGCUGCUUCCUCAGCCGCCGCACUCGAAGGGCGUGAGAUGCGGCUCCGCAGGGAAGUGAAAUUGGAGGACACGCUGUCCGCCGAGGCGCCAGCUCUGCUCGACACGCGGAGGAAGCUGCGCCUCCAGCUCGGGUCGCCAGGCGAAAACGGCGGCACAGGAGACGCUGAAGAAAGAAGAAGCGACGCAGGAGCCUACGCAGGGCCAGAGUGCGCUGAAGCGAGUCAACGAGCCUCCUCGUGGGGCCUACCUACCAGCACGACGACGUGGUGCCCAGCUCCCUUUUCCUCUCCAGCGGCUUCGGCGAGAGGCUGCGCCGACGUGGAGGCGCGCUCCACGUUCCGCGCGCCUCUUCGCCUCUUCUCGAGUCUCUUUGCCUCGUCGUCAGCUGCGCAGUUGAGUCUGCCGGGGCUCGCUGGCUGUCCGGCCUCUGCGCUGGCGAGCGAGGCACCCGCGGAAGCAGAAGCAGCCAGAGAAACGUGGCAUCGCGCAGUUUUCGCGGUCCGCCUUCCAUCCGCACCCCACACCACCGGCGUUUGCGUGGCGUGUGCAGAGCCGGAGACACUCUCCUCCGGCUCUGUUUGCGGGCUGUCAAGCAUCUGCGUCGUGACCUGCGGCCCUGCGCGUGAGGCCUGGACUCGCGUGGAGUGCAAACGAGAUGAAUUCGCCGCCGAGGAGGAGCAGGAUGCAAAGCGCAUGGAGGGAGACACCGCUGAGGUGCGAGACGCACCAGAGUCAGGUGCGACGGCCGCCGCAACAGAGGAGCCGCAGGGAGACCUCCAAGAGGACGCUGACGCAGACGAUCGCGUGGAAAUCUGCGUUUGGCGCAUUGGCGUCCCCAAACUCUCCGCGGCCUCGCCUGCGCCUGUUUCCUCGGCGUCGUCGCCUCCCCCCGCGUCGUCGUUCGCACUUCUCGCUCGGCGGGUUCUCAAUCUCUCGCCACCUGAGCCGACGUCAGCAGAUUCGCGCGUGCGCGGCGGCCUCAUGGAAAUGGAUAGCGGCGACAGCUCGUUGAAGCCGUGGACAACGCGCGCCGCCUCCCGCAUGCAGGUGGAGGCAGUGCUGGUUGCAGAGAGGUGGCGAGGCACUGCGGGAGAGCGCGAGGCCCCAGGAGACCCCGAAGAAGGCGACGGAGGCGCCUGCAUCGCCCUCGUCGACCGCUGGGCACGGUGCCACGUUCUUGACUGGCGUGAGCAGCACAGCCCGCGGAAGGACGAAAGAGCGGAGUCAGAGGGUACGCGGCGAGGAAGUGGAACGUGUGAGCAGGUCCUGCGGAACGCGGGUGCGCUGAGCUACCUGGGCUGCAUGCGUGUGGCGACCCCUGCGGACAGCGAGAGGAAGGAAACUGUUCCGCAGACGCAGUUGCAGCAAGCAUUUCCUUCGAGCGCCUACGCGUGCUGGAACGGGUCCCCUAGAGACGCAAGACCGGUGUGCGAGGACGAGGAACUGGACGCGGGGGAAUGGAGAGACCGGCGCGCCUCCACAAGCGCAAUGGGCCUGUCGUCGCCGCGAAGGCGGAAGCAUGCGCUCUACCUGUUCGAGCAAAAGCGCCAAGAGGAGAGGCAGCGGCGAUGGCUGCUGACCGGCACGGAGUUGUGGCGGCUGCCGCCUUCGCGCGCAUGCGUUGGGUCGCAUCGAGAGAUUGACUCCGAAACAUGCGGCGAGCGCGUUGGAGUGGAGACGCCGGAGGCACAGGCGUUUCCCCUCCCUCCCCUGCCGUCCUCUACGGAUGCGGCGGGCUGCGGCGCAGACGCGCUUCCGGCGGCAGCGCCCUUUCGCGUCCCCUUGGCACCGCCGCGCGCGGACUCCACGAGCCUCCACGGCGAGUGGAGCGCGGUGCGGUGUGAGACCCGUCUCUCGGAAGUAGCUGCGGCGCUGCAGGCGCUCCUCUCGCCUUCCUCGUCCCUCUUUUCCUGCCAUUCGUCCUCCUUCGCGGUGUCUCCGCCUCCACCUCGCUCGGCCGUUCGCUGGCAGUCGGCGGGUCGUCUCCUUGCGUGGGUGGUGCAGGCCCUCGGCGAGCAGACGGCACUCGCGGCGGCGGGCGACUCACGACCCCGCGCUGGCGCUUCGUCGCUUUUGCAUUUACUUCUCUGCACAGAAGAGAGAGAGACUGCAGGCCGCGGCAAAACACUCUUAGCCCUGCCCGCCAGCUGCGCGGUCGGCGAAGGCGACGCGUCGCUCGCGGCUGUCUCCUUCAAGCGUCUACUCUGGAGCCUCACCGUGCUCACUGUCCAGCGCGCGUGUGUGUCCCGAGAGCAGUCGCGUGUCUCCUGUGCCUCGUCCCAGGCGUCGUCGCUGCGGUUGCUCCACGCCUGCGCGCCUGUCGCUCAGCAGCCGCUGAAGGAGGGAGCCCCGCUCGCCAUUUCCUCUCUGGCAGAUCCCCUGCUCGCGGCGCUGGUCUCUAGUCUCCUCGUGUGCCGCUUCCUAGCGCAGCAACUGGAGGCGCUCAGCCCGUCGCGCACCCCUUUGGCCCCGUCGGUGCCUGAUGACGCCUCGUGGCUUGGCGAAAAGGAGGUUAGUGGAAGCGAACGCGAGAGGCUGAAAACCGACGACGCGCACGCCUCCAGAGACAGCUUGCUCUUCUUGGGUUCCUCCGACGUCUGGUCUGCAGCACUCGCGCGCGAGAAACGCGUCCUCGACAGAUCCGAGCUCGACGAAGGCGGCUUCGAGCCUGUGGACGCGGACGCGGGGGCCUCUGCAUUCGAAGCGGAGUCCCCGCGAAAGCGACACCGCGUCAAGGCGGCUCGUGCUCACGCUUCAGACGGAGCCCGGGACUGCCCUCCCGGUCUCCCCCUGGUCUUCUCGUAUUCGUCAGUCCCGCUUUUCUCUGUGAGUGAGUCUUCCGCUUCCGCGGGCGUUCGCGCCCUCCAGAGUUCUUCUUCGUUCCUCUCACCCAUAGGGCCUCUCGGCGCGUCGCUUUCGCUUCUGCGUCCACCGAUGUCUCCGACGGAGUCUCUGUUGCUCCAUCUCUCUUCGCUCGCACGCGCCAUCCAGCGCGAGGAGACCGCUCUCGGCCUGCGGGCUGCGGUCGGAGGCCAGGGCAAGGCUCGUUCAGACGAGCAGUGCCUCCGGGAGCUCGAAGACGAAAUGAAGCUUUCGGGAGCUGCUUUCGCUCCGCGCGAGGCGUGCGCGAGACGCCGACGGAGGGAUGUGGACGGCGGCGAGCGCGACGGGGACUGGGCCCGAAGGCAAGUCGAAGAGGAGGGGCUUUUCCAGUCGUUUUUCGCGUUGCAUGCUCAGCCCGAACACACCCGUCAGGCUCCCUGCCUCGCGGCAACGAAGCGGACUUCUGCGUUUUCGUCCUGCUCGUUCUCGUCGGUUGGGUCUUCGAUGUCGCCUGCAGGGCUGCGAACCACCGAGGCGCCGGGGCAGGGAGAGGCAGAGAGCGCGUGGACCGCAAGAGCGGAGGCAGACGCGGAGGGAGAAGAGAAACGGAACGGCGUGCCUUGCCUUGGCGUCGACGCUGGAGUUAUCGAGCAAGCUCGGCAGCUUCUGUUCCGGGGAGAAGCGAAAGCGACACCUCCAGGCCUCAGGCGACCAGGGCAGAAAACUGGGGGUGUCAAGCCCAAAUGUCUCGAGCCCUCUAGCGGUUGCCUUUCGGGAAGCCAUGCGCUCGCCGCGUCUUCGCAUCCUCUAUCCGGUCUUCGCCGUUUCCUCGUUCACUGCAUGCAGAGCGGCGCUGCAGACACGCCUCCUUACGCAGGUGGCGGUCUCUGUCCCCCAGGCAGUCUCUUUCUGUCUGACAACGAAUCUGUGUCGCAGACGGUCGCCCUCCUCUGCAACUGCGAAGGCACGUUGAGCGCGACGCUCCGGCGUCGCGCCCGUGGUGCACGCGACCUGCAGAGAGACCGACCCGCGCGACGAGUGGCGGCCGCGGCGGCGGGCGACCAGAAGGGAAACUCUGACGGCGAGAUUGAGCGGGAAGUUGCAGGCCUUCUGCGGCUCUCCUCGUCGCCCUGUUGGCGUGUCCUCGUUGCUGGGGCGCUCCGCCUCUGCGCCGCUCGCGUGCUGGCUGCCGCUGCGACGCGGGGCCAGAGCAGGAGCCCAGACGCGAAGGAUUCGCCGGCGCGACGAACGGACGACACGGAGGGAGGUGUGGGGAUGGAGAGGUGCUUGGAGGCGAGCUGGGCGUCGCGGGGUGGGAAUGAGGCGGUCGCGGCGUUGGCGUGUUUUGUCCUCGGGAAGGAGCACCUGCCGCCCGCUGGGAACAGAAAAGACACACGAGGUGUGAGCGACAGCGGAAUGACCGCCCGCGAGGCAGAGGAGACAGGCGAAGAGAGCGAGGGGAGACACCGAAGACACGCGAGGGAGGACGAAAAAAGGACGCAUACGCUCUACACCACCUGCGCUGCGGUUUCCGAUGAUCUCCGCUUCGUCAGAUCGGGCGACUCAAGCCUGCUGGUGCCCGCUGUUUGCACAAGCCCUUCGUCGCUCGGUGCCUUUGUGGACUUCCAGCGUCGCGUUGACGAGCUGGUGCACUCGGUGCUCUCGCCGCUACUUGGCGCGUCUGGCGCGGCGUUCGCGGCGGCCUCUUCGUGUCCCCCGCUGUCGCUGUCUGACUUCAGCGAGGCGUCGUUUGACGGCGCAGCCGCUGGAGAAUUUUCUCGUCUCUUGGCUCGCUGCGAGGCUCUGCAGCCGCGCGCACGUCCCGGGGAUAUCCCCCCGAUGGAUGACUUGCUCCUGGGGCUCUGCAGCGCAGUCUCGCUUCACUCGCUUGCGUCUCUCCCUUCUGCAAGCGGUGUGCCUGACGCACUGCACAACAACCUUUCGCUUCUUCUCCCCGGCGUCGGCGACGCCUUGCUCCCGCGCUGCACAGGCGCUCGGGCGAGCCACGGGAAGACCCGAAACGCGCAGGCGUCUGGUGGCGGAUUCCCCGCUGCCGGCGAGCGUCGAGAGGACGGCGCCAGUCCAGAGGGAACCCAGGGGCGCGGCGGUGAGCCGCUGGCGCACGCGUUGAACGCACGCGAAGCCCACAGCGUGUCGCCGUCUUGGCUGUCGUCUCAGUCGCGAAUCGCAGUCCACGUGACCAGCGCCGCCCUCGCGAACGCUGUUGUGGGCUCUUACGUUCUUCUGACGUGCGUGGCGGCCUCGGCGGAUUGGCUUGUUGCACCGGCGGCGAGCGGCUCUUGGGGGCGGAGCGACCUGGCGGAGGAUGAGGGACUUUCCAGAGACGCCUCGCAGCGACAGGGCGACAGGAACGGCAGCGAUGCCUCCGCAUCCGACGCGUGCUUCGCUGCCGCGGCGUCGGCUCGGCGACUGUCGCAGGCGACAGACUCCGAAGCUUGGCACGACGACGCGCGUGCGCAGCCGCCUCGGGUCGGCUCGGCGUUGCUGCCGUCCCUGUCGCCCUCGUUUCGCUUCUCCUCGUCGUCCUCAGCGGCAGCCACCGCCCGCCGGUCGCGGGCGAGGUUUGCGCGAGCGAACGCCUUCUCGCUGGAGACGAUCUCUCAGGCGCCCGCGCUCGACGCGUUUCUGUCCCUCGGAUCCUCAUCGUCUGUGGGCUGCCGGCGGGCGACGCACGCCGCCGGUGAACUCCUGCAGACUGCCCUGGAGAAGGAAGCCGCGCGCGACGGAGGAGAGGGAGUAGAGGCGGCGCGAGCGGCGGUAGAGACGCCGGGGACAUGGACAUCCAGUUCCGGCUACGGGGCGGGGACUGGGCAUCGUCGCUCGUCCUGCGGCUCGCGCGCAGAUGCGUCAGGUCAUCUGCUGAGCGCAGUUCACAGGGAGGUCAAUGCCAUGCUGCCUGUGUAUGCAGGCUUGAUUUCCGCUUUCCGCUUGUCCCCUGACUCGGAGCCUCUCGCGGUUCUGCCGCAUUGCCUCCGCACACUUGACUGCUCGUCGCUGGCCUCCUUCCCACGCGCAUCUGCGUUCUCCGCUUCCGCUCUCACGUCUUCUUGCUCUCUUGCGUGCUCUUGUGCUUUUCCGGCGUUUUCGCUUCUUCUUCUGCGUGUCUGGACUGAGGCGCGCGCCGCGACGGCCGGCUGCACUCCGCGGGGAUGUAGCGGCGCUCAUGAGAGCGAAGAGCCAGAGACGAACGCCGAGGAAGGCAGGGAAGAAGAACAGAGGAGAGAUCAACGUGCUGAAGAAGAGGCUGAGGACACGGUAGCGGAGGACGGCGCACCUUCUGGGCUCGACUCCAAUCGAGCCAGGCUUCCUCACUCUCCCGCAAGCGCCGAAAUGAGCGCAUCGCCGAGUUUCCUGACCGCGUUGAUCCAUUCGCUUUGUCGGCAUGUGACCUCCCCGCAGACACUCUUUGCCAGAGCAGAGGCGGCUGAAACGCUCGCGUCCUUCCUUGUGCGGUCUCCUCUCGUGUCGCAUCGCGUGGCUGCGCACGCUCUGGAGGUAUGGAGCUUGCUUUCGGCUUUUUCGCUCUUCGCCUCCGCCUACCACCCCUCUGCGUCCACUCCGUCGCCGGAUUCCGCCGCUCUUGCCCUGCCAGUCUUCUUCCUUGCUCUGGGGCGAUCUGCCUCUGAGGUCUUCACCCGUCUGCGCACCGCUGUGCGGGAGAUGACGCACUGCUUCUCGCUGCUCGUUCAGCGUGAGGAGUCGCCGUCUCCACAAUCUCGCUCUUCGUCUUCCGUCACCUUCGCCGUCCUCACGUCAUUCUUUUUCUCGCUUCGCUCGCCUGCCGCCGCCCGCGGCAGCUGCAACGCCUCUCGAGCUCAGGAGCGAGGGCCUGCACAGCACGACAGCGCGCAGAGCGAGGGAGAGGAUGAAGAGGAUGCGCUGAUUCGGUGCUGCAUUGACACCGCAAGGAGGGACGGAGGAGCGUGUGCUUCUCUCUCUGAAGAGGAGCGAGGAUUUCUGGUCAGCAGCGCCGAGGCGCUUCUGCUUUUUCGCUUGAGCCGACAGCUCGAAGCCUCCUUCCCGUUUUUCACUUCCACGCCUGCUCUGUCGAGCCCCGUUCUCGCGGGGCAGUCUCCUCUCCGUCCCUCUUGCGUCCGCGUGCACAUGAGCGAGUCGACGUUUUCUCGUUCAGGCCUCUCUGCGGGCUUUUCGGGGCUACUGCGGCGGAGUGGACUGUCGUCUCACUCGGUGGUGGCCUCCGCGCGUGGUGCGCCGUCUCUCCAGGCUCUCCUUCUUCAGGCUGCCGCGACGGCAGCGGAGAAAGCGCGAGAGGCUCUUCGGCUGUGGAGAGCCGCAGUGCCUGCGUCACAGUGUGCAACCGAGACGGAGGCGGCUGCGGCGGCCUUCGAGACGCGGGUGUGGAGGGAUCUUUUCGCCGCGCAUGUCAGCAGCUGCCGCCUUCUGUCUGCCGUGGACGCUCUCCCACACUUGGCGUCUCCGCGCGACAAGGAGAGAGCCGUCCUUAUGACGCUCGCCAGCGUGGUGCGGGCGCGUCUCCGCCGACGCGAACGCGAGCGGAGAGACGCGCGAGGAGCGGAGGGCGACGGCGACCGCUGCGGGAGCGCCGAGGCCUGCAUGCGAGACGCUGACGGCGCAGCCGAGACUUGGGCCGACGCACUGGCACGCGCGACGAACGCCGAGCAGGCGUGCGGCUCACGCCAGCGCGACCAGCGGAGAGACGCGCGCCUGACAGACGGGCGCUGCGCGGGGCUCGUCGCCUCUCCCGAUCCUGCCUUCUGCGCCUUCAUUCGCGAACGCGGCGAGGCUGAGGCGCUCACCGACUUCUCCCUCGCAGCCCUGCGACGCGCCUGCACGAAGCCGCUCACCCUGUUCAUCGAGCAAGUCCUCUUUAGAGCCGCCUUCGCGCGCAACGCCGCGAUAGGGCCCGCGAGAGAGGCUUACGAGCUGCUCAAGCAGGACUACUUAGCCUCGUCCCGCUUCGAAGAAGCAGCGCGGCUGUCCUUCCUCCACGCAGCUGCUAUUCGGUCGUCUGCGUCUACCCCUUCCUCCCGUUGUCUCUCCGCGUCACUGGAAUCCGAUUCCGUUGCCCUAUUUUGUCACUCCACGAACGCAGGGGCGUUUACCUCGCUCUUUGCUUACCUCAGCAGCAGCGUCGCUAGCGCCCCUGGCCUUGCUGCGUUUCUCUCGAAUCUCCAGGCGCCUCUUUCGCCCGACUCGCAUCUCCUCGGCGUGUCUCACGUCCAGCGAGACAACAGUCUCCUCUCCGCGUCUCUCUCUGCCUUUUCGGACGCAGGCGAGCUGCAGUGCGACGGCGCGCCUAUAUGUGAUUUCCCCGCGUGGGUACUCGAGAGCCUUGCGGACUUGCAGGCGAUGCUCGCCAAGGGCGAGGAUACAGCGGAGACACACAGAGAGACGGAGCCCGCGGGGCGGAGACACUUUGUGUGGGGUGCCGCCUCCGAGCAGAAGAGAGACGCGAACAACAACAGCCGAGAACGAGGCGCGAGGCAGAGACAAACCGACGAGGAAGCUGCGAAGGGCGACUCUUUGGCGAACAAGCACAGACGCCUGACAGAGCAUGCUGGGUGGUUUCUCAAAGCCUCCGUUGUCGCUGAGGACGAGCUGCCUUCUUCCGCGUCUCCGCAAUGUCGCUUGGCGCCGGCAGGAGCGGGCGCGGGCCUUUUGGCGUCUGCGGACUGCGCCGUCAUCUCUCUCCAAGCGAUUCUCGAGGCCCUGACGCUGUGCAAGAAUGCGCUUUGCUGCACUUCCGCGUCUCUCUUGUUUCUCCCCCCCGUCCUCGUCUCGCUCCUCCUCCCCCUGCAGGCGCCGGCGCUCUCCGCGGCGGGGGCGGCUCUCCCCGUGGGCGAGAUCUGCGUCCUUGUCGUGCCCCCGAACCCGGAGGGAGGCGCCGCGGAAGCCCACGCGCAAGAACGCGACGGCGAGUCCUCUUGGCUUCCGAACGCGCUCUCGUCCGGCGCGCCCUCGGCGCUCUCUAUGGAAUCCAGGCCUGCGCUUUACUCCGUCGGGUCUACCUCGGGGUGCGACACCGCCGCGGCGCCUCGCUCGUGGGCGCUACAGGGGCCUAAGGCAGCCUCGGGCGCUGCACUUCUCGUUGAUGAAGAUAGUGCGACUGUCGCGGCCGCGCGCGCGCAGGCGCAGUCCCACACGCUCUCGCCUGCGUUUCUCAGCAAGCUCGCGGAAGUGACCAGAGGCCGCAUGAUGCUUGUGACCCAGAAUUCGGAAGACAGCGAGGUGUACCGACGCCGCGUCUGGAAUCUGGCACCACUGGAAGUCGUCGCGCAUUUGGGCUUCGCGGGCCGCCUGGGCGACGCGGUUCAGUUGGCUGUUCACCUGGAGUUCGACGCGUGCGUCGCGUUCCUAUCCUUCAUCUGCUUCAUUCUCCGCGCGUAUGUCAUCGUCGUAGACAACGCGUCGCUUCGCACGCUCGCGCGCCCGAUUCCGAGUGACGCGCGGGGGGAUCUGGGCGCCUUGGCUGCAGGCGAACUUGAGGCGUCUUCGCUGACUCCGUCGUUCCUCGCCGCGAGCUCAGCAGCGCAGGCCAGCGCCGCAGGUUCCUGGAGUCGCGAAGCGGCGAAGCGGAGGAGACUCUUAGGGCUGAACGCGAACGCGCGGGGGGAGGCGGGCGCAAGCUGGGGCAGACGCAGCAAGUUUAGGGGUUCUGAGCGCAGCCAGGCUGCGGACGAAGAACUCGGCAAAGAGGAGACGGCGAGGCGCGGAGCGUACAGAGCCUGGACUGAAUUCGUUCGACAGCUGAGACGCCUCCUCCGUCCCUUCCGACCCCACGCGUGCCUGCCUCACUGGGCGCUGCGGCGCGAGGCAGACGACGCGCCCUGGGCGGAGUCGGACGAGGAGGAGGAGGAGCAGGACGAGGACGCAGAACCCGAGGCGUUCGCGAGCAACGCCUUGCGGCUUAGCCGCAAGAAGUCCGCUGAGAACAUCCAAGCGGAAGGCGCGAUUCGACUCCUCCACGCGAGACUCCUUGCCCACGUCACACGCGUCGCGCAGCUCUUCCCCUGCGCGGUUCCUGGGUUCGUGUUCGAGUAUCUGCGCGUGGCGUCGCUCCCGGGAAACCCAGUUGAGGCACUGGGGCAGCUGCUGCGCGAGAACUCUUUGGCGGACGCGUUCUUCCUCGUUCAGGUGCACUCGCGCGUUCGCCGUCUCGCGGCUUCGGCCUCGUCUCUCUCCCCCAAGGCUCCCUCGCACGUCGACAGCCCGCUGGCUGAGUGGAUUUCCGCGCUGCCUCCUACGAAGCGGCCGGGGGCACUGCGCAACACCUUCCUCGCGCUCGCGCUCCCUCUGGUCAUGCAGCUGCACGUGCGACUCGAAGCAGUCGCGCGCUCUAAGAACCCGGUCCAAGCCCGCGGGACGGAGGGCGAUCUGCGCCACGACGAGGCGCAAACAGCCGCUGGGCUUCUUCACGAGCUCAGGCAUAUUCUGUCGGACUACCAAAAGGCGGCGCGCACGGUUGAAUACGACGCCAGUUCGCUCACGGCGCUCGCUCUGCUUCCGCCGUCCUCUCGCCCUUCGGCGUCUUCGCAAAUCUGA